UUUCUCCAACAUGGACUACUGGGAGAUGCCAGUAACUGGGUCACAAAUCAUCCCAACAACAGCUUGGCCUUCAUGUUAGCUGAUGCUAGCUAUGAUGUUUGGAUGGGAAACAGCAGAGGGAAUUGCUGGUCCAGACAUCAAAAUUAUUCCACUGAUCAAGAUGAGUUCUGAGCUUUCAGUUUUGAUGAGAUGGCCAAAUUUGAUCUUCCAGCAGCAAUAAACUUUAUAGUGAAGAAGACUGGACAGGAAAAGCUAUACUAUAUUUGUUAUUCACAAGGCACCACCACUGCUUUCAUUGCUUUUUCAGCAAUGCCAGAACUGGCACAGAAAAUCAAACUCUUUAUUGCUUUGGCACCUAUCACUGCUAUUAACUGUGCCAAAAGCCCAGCAUACCUUCCGGAGAAACUGCUCUGGGGUUUGCUUGGCAAAAGAGAAUUCCUUACCCAGACUGAAUGUCUAAGGAGGCUGAUAGUCCCUCUCUGCAGCCACCUUGCUUUUGCCAAGCUUUAUAGAAAUGUCUUCUUCAGUGUGGAGGGCUAUAACGUGAAUUACAUUGACAUGAACCGGGUCAACAUGUAUAUUGCAUGAGCUGCUGCUGGAACAUCUGUGCAAAACAUAAUCCACUGGAGUCUGGAAGCCCAUUCAGGGAAGUUCCAAGCUUAUGACUGGGACAGUUCAAAGAAGAACAUCAAGAAAUACCAACAGGCUACUCCUCCUCUAUACAAAUUAGAACAGAUGAUUGUACCAACUGCAGUAUGGACUAGGGGAAAAGACUUGCUCGCAGAUCCCAAGGAUGUGGCCGUUUUACUUUCUCAGAUUAAGAGGCUCCUCUAUCACAAGAUGAUUCCUGAAUGGGCACACUUGGAUUUCCUCUGGAGAUUGGAUGCACCUUUGUGUGUUUACAAUGAAAUUAUUGAUCUGGUGCAGAAGUAUCCUUAA